AUGUCUGGAAUAGAUGUGAGAUCUGUUAAGUUACCCUUCGAUCUUGAAGUUAGGACACCAAUGGGUGAUAAGAGGAUAAUCGCUAGCUUCGCCUAUAAGAAUAGUGAAUUCUGGAUUGGAGAGCGUAAAAUGCUAAUGGAUCUAAUCAGUUUGGACAUAAAAGGGUACGAUGUCAUCAUAGGAAUGGAUUUCCUAGGCCAGUAUCAUGCUAAGCUUGAUUGCAGAGCAAAAGUGGUAGAAUUCUGUAUACCUGGAGAAACAACUCUGAGAGAUCAAGUGAAGUUGGAGGAUGUACCAGUGGUACGAGAAUUUCCGGAUAUUUUUCCGGAAGAGCUUAAGACUUUACCGCCGGAUAGAGAAGUGGAAUUUAAGAUUGACUUGGUGCCUGGAACGGUUCCAAUUUCUAAAACUCCGUACCGAAUGGCUCCUGCCGAGCUAAAGGAGUUGAAAAUUCAAUUGCAAGAUCUCUUGGAGAAAGGUUUUGUGAAGGAAAGUGAUUCACCGUGGGGAGCACCCGUUCUAUUUGUUAAGUAA